CUUCCGGCCGGAGCCCUAAGGUCUUGCGAAGAGUUACUGCGGCUUCUCGUCCUCCUUUUUUUUUUUUUAAACAACAACAACAACAACAAAACAGUAUAUAAAUCAUAAUGUACAUUAAUUACUAAGUCCCUGUCGGUAUAAAAAGUCACUCUAUUUGCCUUUAGUGAGGUUAGUUAACAAUCGUCAUUGUCACUCCAGUGGCUGUAGUUAAGAAACAAACGAGUAUUAAUAAUAUUAAUACUAUCCAUCGAAAUCAGAUGUGGGAAUCUUCAACAUUAUGAAGAGCACAAUCAAAAUCGUUCUGUUUUUGUGUGGAGUGUUUUAUGCUGAAACUGAUGAAGUGAAGUCAGUGAUGGAGGGGGAUUCUGUCACUCUAAAACUUACUAACAAACAGGGACUUGACCUGCUACUAUGGAGGUUUGGAGAUAAAGGGUCCACCAUUGCUCAAAUUGAUAAAGAAAUCUUAUAUGAAGACUAUGAGAUAUUUAGAGACAGACUGCAGCUGGAUCAGACCGGAUCUCUCACCAUCACAAACAUCCGAACCAAUCACUCUGGACUUUAUGAAGCAGAAAUCAAUGAUAACGCUGGAACCUCAAAUAUUAAGUUCAGUGUUACUGUCUAUGAGCCUCCAUCUGUUAUUGCUGGGGCAGAAUCUGAAAUGAAAAGCGUGUCAGUGAUGGAGGGAGAUCCUGUCACUCUUCAUGUUCCUCAACUACAAGGAAAUGAGCUGAUAGUCUGGAGGUUUGGAGAUGAAGGAAAACUCAUAGCUAAACAUGAUAUGGAGGCCAAGAGCUCAACAUUAUAUGAUACUGAUGAGAGAUUUCGAGACAGAUUGAAACUAGACCGUCAGACUGGAUCUCUGAUCAUCACAAACAGCAGAACCACAGACUCUGGACCUUAUUCAGUAAAGAUCAGCAGCAACAAACAGACUUUAUACAUGAGAUUCACUGUUACUGUCAGAGAACCAGGUCUGUCUCCAGGUGCUGUAGCAGGGAUUGUUGUUGUUCUGCUGGUGGCUGCUGCUGCUGCAGCUGUUGGUGUUUUUUUCUAUAAGCGCAAAUCCUCUGAACUAAAAAAUCAAAAGUCGAAGAUCUCUGAACAGCAAAAUGAAACAUUGAAGAUCUCUGAAAAACUAAAGGAAAUGUCUGAGAUCACAACACAACUGAAACAAAUGACGGAAGACUGUGAAAAAGAAUUGCCUGAGAUAGCUGAACAUCAUCAAACAUUGAAGAUCUUUGAAAAGCUAAAGAAAAUGUCGGAGAUCUCUGAACAACUAAAGCAAAUGUGUAAGUAUUACAGCUGAAGCAACAGGAGAAAAUUAGCUUUAUUGUGCGUAGAGUAUAAAUAUACAAUAUAGUUUUUCAAACUUUUGUUGGAUUUAGUGCGGUAUUGAGUAUUGAGCUGCAUAACAUUAAUAUUCUGAUCACUGUUAUGAUGUGCCAACGUCCCCUCACUAAAUGUUACAAAACCAUCAUUCAAAGACAAAGUUUAUUAAACUGUUAACUCACGGUUUGUAAUGCAGCUGCUUCUUAAUCUUUCAACAACGUCUCUUCCAAGCUCUCCAUUACACUGUUCACAACAAACGUAAAAUCCUUUGAUGUGAUCCACAAUGUCAUUAAAAUAAACCAUUCAACUUGUUCCUGAUGCUGGGAUCCUUCCGAAGUCUAAAGACUCGAGCAAGCUGUU